AUGGUCCAGCUCUUCACUCGUGCGAACAGCCUCGCACUUACAUGCCUUGCUUUGGCUGCUGCAGUCUAUGCGGACAAAUCGGACAGCACAAGCGAAUCGUCUUCGUCUAUCAAGACUUCUUCAACCACCAAGACUUCAACAAAAACUUCAUCGGCUACAGCGAUAGCCACUAAUUUGGACUUUGAAGUUCCCGAACCAUUCUCAGCGCCCGGCACAAACACUUCAUCGGGAUGCGGCAAGGAGCUGGACUCCGACUUUGAUCUUGAUGAUACUGCAGGACCGUUCAAAUUUGACACGACAGAUGGCUAUGGACGCAACUACACUAUCUACAUACCGAAGUACUACGACUUCAACAAAGCUUCACCUUUGAUCUUUGGUCUACCGGGCAACACCAACACAUACGAGGAGAUCGAAGAGCAAACCGAGCUUUCCGACGAGUCGAACAACCCUUACGCCAUUGCAGUCUACGUUUCAGGUGUCAACCUAGGCUUCGUAUCAAAUCCUGGCUACGGUGCUACUGAGGAUGCGACCUUUCCCAAAGUCGACGACCUAGACUUCCUGAACAAUUUCAUCGACGAUCUUCAAGACCGGUUCUGCAUCGACACCGGUCGCAUUUGGGCCGUGGGCCACAGCAACGGAGCCGGACUGACCAACGUUCUGGCCUGCGACCCGACCCUGAGCACGCGCAUUUCUGUAUUUGCUGCGAAUUCCGGCGCGUUCUACACGAACCAUACCGAUGGCGAUGCUGGAAGCGUCGAUACCGAUACAACUGUACAAGCAAUCUGUUCGCCUGGACGCGAGCAUGUUCCGUUCAUCGAGCUCCAUGGCACUGAUGAUGACACUAUUCCCUACGAUGGUGCUGAUGACCACUCAUCGUACGGGAUUCGAAUACUGCCUGAUAUCCAGCACUGGGCGUCGAACUGGGCUGUGCGUAAUGGAUACAGCACUGACAGUGAGACAUCUAAGCCUGAUGACGACGUGAAAGUCUACCAAUGGGGAGGUCCAAACAACCUUGGUGUGGUCACUCAUUACGAGUUAUCCGGCUGGGGCCACGACUACGCACGCAAAUCUGCCGGAGCUCCAAUCGAUGCCACACCUAUCAUCAUGAAGUUCUUCUACGAGCACACCAACUACACCGAGGGCAGCACCAAGACUAGCACGACAGAGUCGAUCUUCACCCCUACAGGCGCAAGCUCGGCGACUGCGACGUCCGCUGCUACGGUUGAUCGUACCGCCAUGCCUGCUGCUAUUUCCUUUCUGGCAGCAUUUGUUGGUCUUGCAGCUGCAGUGCUGUUCUAUUGA